CUGACAUUAAAAUAAACAGUUUCUAAUCUUAGUUUUUACUUUUGCGUGUUUUCAUAAAAUGAGUAUCCUUGACACAGAAACCGCAGUAUUUUGUAACGAUUUAAAGUAUAAAAAAAGGGAAUUUAUCGGAAAAGGCACAUAUGGUAUUGUUUAUAAAGUCACGAUCGAAAAGACGCGCGCUUUUCGUGGCGCUACCACGAUCGCGGCUAAAAUUUGCAAACUGAGUGAUCAGUCGGCAGAGGAAACUGAACAAGAGAUCCGUGCCCGGCUUAAUAAAUUAACGACGCUACGACAUCGAAACGUGCUGGAAUACUACAGAUACGAGAUAACGGAGGCUAACGGCCUGCCAGCUUUGGAAAUUAUAAUGGAAUGGUGUUCUGGCGAUCUGGGAAAAUAUAUGACUGAUGCUCAACAAAAAAAGCUAAAUUGGACUACUGUCGUUCGUUUUGGAAUUGAUAUGGCGGAAGGACUAGGCUUUCUGUUUGAUCAGUGCAUUAUACACGGAGAUUUGAAACCUUCAAAUAUAUUCGUGAAGAUCUCCCAGUGGAAUCAGCAACAUCUAGUAAUUGGCGAUUUGGAUGAUUACGUACUGAUGCAUGGAGAUACUACCGUUUCCCAGGAUGUGAGGAACCUGCGCGGAACGCCACGCUACAUGUCACCGGAAAUAGUGAAAAAAUUCAUAGCGCAAAACACUGCACGACCGGGAAGAAAAAGUGACAUCUGGAGUUUUGGUUGUAUAAUGGUUGAUCUGGUUAACGGCAGGGUUGGGUACAAGGAAAAGUGGUUGCAAAACGGGAACGAUAGGGUCAGGUUCAAUGCAGCGUUAACUGAACAUCAGUAUGUACGUUACAUUGUCAAUGGAUAUGCGCCGGAAAUCAUCGACACCAUUCGAGCGGAUAUAUCUGCGUGCAUUCGGCAGUGUUUACACACCGAUGACGUGCGCAGAAUUUCUGGAAAGGAAUUAUCCAAACAAAUGCGGAAGUUGCAAACCUGGCGAGAAGUCCUUGGGGAACAUAAAGUGCUUGUGCGCAACGUUUCAGGGGUUCUGUACCAAAGGCAUCGCUCAAGGCUCGUUAUUCUCGCAUUUGUCAUUGUAGGCAUUUUGUGGAUAAUAGCUUUCGUACAUUCGUGUUAUCAAAAUAAUCCAAGCAAGAAAGUAGUCUGGCAUUAUAACAUCGUAUAAGUUCAGAGAUCGGUACUUGCGUGCCUUGAGUAUGGGACAAUUUUUUGGAAAAUUCUUAUUUGGACUACCGUUUUAAAUUUUGCAUCGCUCUCAUCGCUAUUGUAUUCUCAGGGGUUUUACAUUGCCGAUACAAGUGUCACGUAUCCUAAUUCAGAUCUAUAUUGCCACGAAUGGGACACAUCAGAGCCGGCAAACCAGAGAAGACUGACCAAAACCAAUGUUAUAUUCUGAAGCCCGUAGUCGAAAACCCGGCGAGAUAGUAUUCAUUUCUUUCAAAACCUCUCCCGCUUCGAACGCCAAAGCGGAAGAGUUUUGACUACGUUCAUCAAAAAAUGCAACUAAAUUAUCGUAAUAGUAAUUAUCAUCGUGGUAUUUUUAACCAGGCAGUGUUGCCACGUAAACCAACUAAAAUACUGCUAAAAAAUGUUAGUCAUUUCUACUAUUUAAAUUAUCAGAAUGAAUUUGAUUAGCAGACCGUUAUUACGACAAGAAGAUUACAUAUGUAACGUCAUCAUGGAGGACAAUCUCUGCACAAGUGCCGGUCGACCAAGUGACCAAGCUAGCGGUGCUGUGACCAAGCUGGCGGUACGGGGCCCGUAAGCCGAACGAGUAACCAAGCUACCGGUACUGUCCAGUGUACGGGACCCGUUAGGCGAACGAGUGACCGAGCUCCCACUACCCAGAUUCAUCAGGUUGAGGUCCACAGAAUCAUGAAUUCAUUUUGAGAAUUUAUGGUAAUUUGAGAGAAUCAUGAACUGAAUAAAAAAAAUCAUAUAAAAUUAAAUUCCGUGUUUUUAUAAAAAUCCGUUUUUUGCGUUAAUACGAUGUACCGAUUAUGUUGCAACGAAAUAUAUUAUACAGUAAAUGACGAAUACAGUAAACGUUCAGUCAAACUAAAUACAGUCUGUAAAGUGGCCG